AUGAUAUUCUCCGCUCCAGCUUUCACAGCACUUUAUAUUCUUGCAUCUACUGAAUUACUCAGUAUUGCCGCUGCUCAGCCUCACGGUGGUAGCCAGUUCAAGCACAGAGCUGUUCAUGCCCGCGGCAAUGUUGGUGAACGUAACGUCAAGACCGAGACCGAAACCGUAACCAAAUACGUUACUGUUACAUCUGGAUCCUACGGAGCUCCCACCCCCGUUGUUGUUGCCUCGCCAUCUCAGACUGGAGACGAUCACGAUAGCCAUUCCAGCGUGGUCACAUCUGUCAUUAUUCCAUCAGUCACCACCUCCCCGGUCUCCACUCUCGCAACCUCCACAACCGCCGCCGCAUCAGCGUCAAGCUCCGUCUCUUCCGGCGGAACCUACGACCUCGACAUUGAUGUUGCUACCGGCAAGGGCGUCGACUCCAAUCCCAACACUGGAAAGGACUUCCCCGAUGGCGAGAUUGACUGUGAUGUCUUCCCUUCAGCAUAUGGUGCUAUCCCUCUCACAUGGACCACACUGCAGGGUUGGUCUGGUAUUCAAGUCAACGGCGGGAAUGGAGAUGCCAUUGGCAAAUGCACUGAAGGUGCUCUUUGCUCGUACGCCUGUCCAGCAGGAUUCAGUAAGUCUCAAUGGCCUGCUGAUCAGCCUGCAUCUGGUGAGAGCCACGGAGGACUUCUUUGCAAGGGUGGCAAGCUCCGCCUUACUCGCCCUGCCUAUCCUCAGCUCUGUCAGGCUGGUGAGAGUGGUGUUACCGUCAGGAACGAGUUAGGGAAAUUUGUGGCGGUGUGCCGUACCGAUUACCCUGGAUCCGAGAAUAUGGUUGUCCCAUUGGCCUGUGAAGCCGGUUCCGAGAAGCAGUUGACCGUUCCCGUUUCCGAUGUUUCAUACAAGUGGCAGGGUAAGCCGACAUCCGCCCAAUACUAUGUCAACAAGGCCGGUGUUGGUAUCAAGGAUGGUUGUACCUGGGGUCAGGAAGGUCAAGGUCGUGGCAACUGGUCUCCAAUGAUUUUUGGUGCCGGCGAAGACUCUGGUAUGAUGUGGUUGUCUAUCAGUCAGAACCAACUUAACAGCGAGCCCCUCGGUUACAAUGUUGCCAUUAUCGGCGGUAACAGUGUCUGCAAAUACGAGAACGGCGUCUUCUCCACAGCUGGAGGAUGCACCACCGCCGUCAAGCCUGGCCAGAGCGCUUACUUUGUCCUAUACCCCCUCGGCACUUCAAGCAAAGCUUAUGCUUAA